UGCAGGACAGCGCCCUGGCCAAGACUGUCAAGCGCCAGAACACGAGCUCCUGGAAUCCUCCAUCAGAACUGGUGACCCCUCUUAACGAGGUAAUACUUCCAAUCGCAGAUCUCGGACCUUCACUAACGACCCACAACAUCCAUAGGUAUGGGAACACCAAAUGUCAACCUACAGCGACCCUCUCGGAUUCCGCAACUACGGAUACGACCAGGUCAUCGACGGCAAGGGCAAAAUCAACUAUUGCGUGCGGUGGGACUCCACCCAGUCUGUGACCCAGGCACAGCGGGAACAGGUCGAGACGGCCCUGCGGCGGUCGUUCAACAAAUGGAUAGCCGAACUGGCCGGCUUCGAUGGGUUCCCGUACGAGACGGUCGAUGUCAAUGUUGUCGGAUGGGCUGUCAAGGAUAAGGCCCUGCUGCAGGGCGACACCUCGGGUGUUGAGGUGUAUACCACCACCGAUGAAGAGGGUAUCCCGCAGUGUGACCCGGGCUGUGGACGAUUCUUCCACCAGGAUAACGACUACAGUGCCUGCGCUGCUGGGGCUGACCGCCACUACGACCAAAGCCUGUGGCUCACUGAUGGUUUCGAAGGCGGCGCCGGUGGUGACUGGGGCCAGCGUAUCGGGCAAGAGUAUUUCAUGCAGAACCUUGAGCUCGAGGAUAUCCACAUUCUCCUGCAUGAGAUGGGUCAUACUUUUGCUCUGGAUGGUACGCUAUUCCUCUGCGGUUCUAGGAGACAUCGACGCUGAUAUUUCUAGAUUUCUAUGACUGGACCCCGACUGGUCAGACCAGCUUCAUCAUGCUGGCUGGCA